AUGUCCAUCCGCCUCCCGGUUAACAUGCCGGAUGACCCGUUGUCCUCUUCAGCGCCGACUGCGCAGCCAGCCCCCGGCUUAGCGGUACCCACUCGCUCUAAGCACACGGCACGCCCGAAGAAGUCGUCGCGCGCGGAGCGGAAGCCGCGUUUGGAGAGAGGAACACGCUCGGGAGCGUCGGGCUCCCCACGAAUGACACCCACAGCGCGACCCAACGCGACCGCCGAUCUCCACAGACAACUCGACGUCCUCGAGGGUCGCGCGGAAGAGCCCAAGUCGCGCGCCGAAAAUAUCGGCACGAUCGUGCUUGGCAACAUAUCCAGCUGUGUCUUCUUUGCCGCGGUCUGCGCCGUCUGGACCGGUGUUUGCACCUACGCGGGCUGGUGGGUGCUCCAGCAGAAGGAACCCUAUGCCAACAACUAUGGCAUCGUCUGGACAGCCCCGUUCGGCGCAGCCAUUAUCUCCGUGCCAUUCUACCAGGUGUGGUGGGUGUAUAAUAAGCUGGAGGCAUGGUACGAGGCGAAGCACAGGAUAUACGAGCCUCCGAAGGAGCUCCCGCGGUGGUGGACGUCGCAGCAGCGUGACACAUACGUGUCCCCGCCUCCGAAGCUCGCACACCGGUAUAGUGGCACGGUCAUCGUUGUCUGCACCAUCGCGGGCUUACUAUCGGGCGGCCUGCUGGGACCCAUGUUGGCGACGAAGUUACAUCUCGAUAACAUCGACGACCAGAUGACGGUGCUGGCUGCGACGAGGCUUGGAGGCGUAGGCACCGGGAUUAUCACGGGGUUUUUAGUUAUCGCUCUGUCGACAUCAUACGGUACUUGGUCGUGGACUUACAAUAGACUGCUGUAUAUAUGGACGAAUGGAACGUCGGUGCCGUCGCCGGAGUCGAUGCGUCUGGCAUCGAUUUCCGCUCGAGGCUCCGCCAAGUCUGCCUUGUCCUGCGGAGUUGCGUCGCAGCCGUCGCUGAGUCCAACAGGGGAUUGCGCCGCUGUUGCGGACCGUCGCGGCUCUUCUCUACCUCAUCGAUUCCAGCGGUUGUUCUUGACUCGCCUCCGACGCAUGUUGUCGAGAUGGUCACGAGCUAUACAGCAGGAAGUAUUGGAGAGACCUCAUAAUAUGGCCGUUGUGACGGUGCAUAGCACGCAGCAAAGGGAGUCAAGCCAGUGA